AUGCAUAACAAGGACGUUUGUUCUCCCUCAUCUCAAAGCGGAUUCGGCGUCCACCUCAAUUCCAACGCCGGCGCGUUUGCUUCGUUGUACUCUGUUCUGACUAACGAGCUCUCCGGAAACUGCAGCAAUGGCGGAGGAGCAUCAGCAUCGCUUUAUCCGUACUCUGACUCUGGAACUGAUUACGACUCGUGCGUGAACGUGAUACAGAAGCAUCAGGAUAUGGUGAAUCGUCACAGUAUGUGUCUCAGUCGCUUAGUGGAGACAUCCAAAGAGGUUGAAGCUCUUCAGCAAGAGAACGGACAGCUCCGUGCGGUGAACAAGGAGUUGCAGAAGAAUCUGAACCUCCUCGUUCAGGCUUCGCUGGAGAAUCGAUUUGGCGGUGGCGACUCCUCCAUCCAGACACAUUCUAUUCCAUUUGAUGCUUUGCACAGUUUCCGUUGUUUGAAUCUUGGCGAUGGAAAAGAAAACUGUGCUGAUUGGAAUACCAAUAACAUCAAUCAUAAUAACAAGGAGCUUCUGGAAGCUUCGGAUGAGAGUCCAACGAGUGUGAUAGACAAUAACGGUGUUGAAACGGAGAGGUUCUCGCUUCCGAAAAGCAUUUCUGUGAGAUCCAAUGGCUACUUGAAGAUCGCUCAGCCUCCCGCCGUCGUAACUAACAAUAAUGCUUGCCGCACCAAGGGCGGUACCCGCUCCCGCGCUUCUUCCACUCAACCAGAUCAAGUUCAAAAAGUAUAUGUGAGAGGAGGGCAGAAAGAGGAAGAGCCUCUUGAGAUGACUGUGUAUAAUCAGGGGAUGUUCAAAACUGAAUUGUGUAACAAAUGGCAGGAAACUGGCGCAUGCCCUUACAGUGAUCACUGCCAAUUCGCUCAUGGUAUUGGGGAGCUUCGCCCGGUGAUUCGCCACCCACGCUACAAAACUGAGGUAUGUAGGAUGGUUCUUGCUGGGGUUGUUUGUCCCUAUGGCCAUAGAUGUCAUUUCCGUCAUGCACUUACUGAGCAAGAGAAAGCUAUAUCACAAUCUACGCCCAGAUCAAGGAAGCUGGAAAGAUAA